UGAUCACCCGCCACUCUUAUGCUCUCCAGUGGUCUCCUUUUGUUUCAAUCCCAAAGAAUCAGAGAGCUCAGAAAACGCAUUGUUUAAAAGCAAAAUUGUGGCCCUUUUGACUCUCUGAGUGCUCAGGAGCAAGAAAGGCCGUUGCUUUGAGAAACUCAAAAGGCUAUGAGUCCAAGAGAUUUGAUGGGGAAUUUACCCCGAGGGAAAUUAGUUGUGCUUCUGUUUUUCUGUUACUGGGUUUUUGCUGUUACAGCUUCUGUGACUUACGAUCGCAAAGCUCUUACUAUUGAUGGAAAGAGAAGGAUUUUGAUUUCUGGCUCCAUUCACUACCCAAGAAGCACACCUGAGAUGUGGCCUGACCUGAUACAGAAGGCCAAAGAUGGAGGCUUAGAUGUUAUACAGACCUAUGUGUUUUGGAAUGGCCAUGAGCCUUCGCCUGGAAAAUACUAUUUCGAAGAUAGGUUCGACUUAGUGAAGUUCAUCAAGCUGGUUCAACAAGCUGGCCUUUACGUUCACCUCCGCAUUGGUCCCUACGUGUGUGCAGAAUGGAACUUUGGGGGAUUUCCUGUUUGGCUGAAGUUUGUCCCGGGUAUUUCCUUCAGAACUGACAGUGAGCCUUUCAAGGCCGCAAUGCAAAAGUUUACUCAGAAGGUUGUCAGCAUGUUGAAGGAAGAAAAGUUGUUCGAAGCUCAGGGGGGUCCAGUUAUUCUCUCCCAGAUAGAAAAUGAGUUUGGACCUAUUGAGGGGAGACUUGGUGCUGCUGGAAAAAAUUACGCGCAAUGGGCAGCUAAAAUGGCUGUAGGUCUUGACACUGAGGUGCCCUGGGUUAUGUGUAAGCAACCAGAUGCUCCUGAUCCCGUGAUUGACACCUGUAAUGGGUACUACUGUGAUAGCUUCAGACCGAACACGAAGUACAAGCCCAGAAUGUGGACAGAGAACUGGACCGGCUGGUAUACUGCGUUUGGUGGCGCAAUCCCACGUAGACCAGCGGAAGAUCUGGCAUUCUCAGUUGCAAGAUUCAUACAGAAUGGUGGCUCAUUUGUUAAUUACUAUAUGUAUCAUGGUGGAACAAACUUUGGACGAAAAUCUGGCCUCUUCAUCACUACAAGCUACGACUAUGAUGCUCCUAUUGAUGAAUAUGGACUUCUGAAUGAACCAAAAUGGGGGCAUUUGAGAGGUUUGCAUAAAGCAAUAAAGCUAUGUGAGCCAGCUUUAGUGUCUGCAGAUCCUACGGUGACAAAGAUUGGAAUGAACCUGGAGGCUCAUGUGUUCAAGACAGAUUCUGGUGCUUGUGCUGCAUUUCUUGCAAAUUAUGAUACCAAGUCUGCUGCGAGAGCUACAUUUGGAAAUGGCCAAUAUGACUUACCACCUUGGUCUAUCAGCAUUCUCCCUGACUGCAAAACUGCAGUUUACAACACUGCAAAGGUUGGUUCGAGCACUGGGAUGGAGAUGACACCGGUAGAUGGUCAAUUUACUUGGCAGUCAUACACUGAAGAACCUGCAUCAUCCAGUGAAGAUGAUACAUUUACAAAAUAUGCACUCUUGGAGCAGGUUUAUGCUACCUGGGAUUCUUCAGAUUAUUUGUGGUACAUGACAGAUGUCAAUAUUGAUCCUGAUGAAGCUUUUAUAAAGAGUGGGGAAUCUCCCACACUCACCGUAAUGUCAGCAGGCCAUGUUCUCCAUGUUUUCAUUAACGGCCAACUUGCAGGAACUGUGUAUGGGAGUUUACAGAAUCCCAAAUUGACAUUUAGUGACAGUGUGAAGCUGACGGCUGGCAAUAACAAGCUUUCUUUGCUUAGUGCUACCGUGGGUCUCCCGAAUGUAGGCUCCCACUUUGAGACAUGGAACGCUGGGGUGUUAGGCCCAGUCACACUGCACGGUCUAAAGGAGGGUACCAGAGAUUUAUCUCAACAGAAAUGGUCUUACAAGGUUGGGCUUAAAGGUGAAGCCUUAAGCCUUUACACUGCAAGUGGGAGUGACUCUGUUGAAUGGGCAAAGGGAUCCUUGUUGGCUAAGAAACAGCCCUUAACAUGGUACAAGACAACCUUUAACACACCGGAAGGCGAUGAUCCGUUGGCACUUGAUAUGAUUAGCAUGGGAAAGGGUCAAGUCUGGGUAAAUGGGCAGAGCAUUGGACGCCAUUGGCCAGGAUAUAUUGCAAGUGGUCGUUGUAAUGACUGUAAUUAUGCUGGAAACUACACUGAAUAUAAAUGUCAGACAUAUUGCGGAGAUCCCUCCCAGAGAUGGUACCAUGUUCCUCGAUCAUGGCUGAACCCAAGUGGGAAUUUUCUGGUCGUGUUAGAAGAAUGGGGAGGUGACCCUACUUGGAUCUCUUUGGUGAAAAGAGCCGCGAAAACUGUGUCUGUGUAUGCAUAAUGAGAGAGAUUUGGUUUUAUAUUUAAAGCUCUAUCGACAAUUAUCCCCGGGUGUGCUUUAUGUUUUGCCAUAAAUAAAAAGGGCAUUGGAAAUGGUUUCCAUGUUGUCUGAUGCCGAUAUAUGGCUGAGUGAAAUAUUGUAUUAAUAUGCUCUUCAUUACACUUUACACAAAUAUAAAAGCUCUAUUUAUUUAUUUACUUA